AUGAACAUAUCAAAUAAAAUCGAAAAGAAUGAUAACGAUGUUUAUCGUUGGUAUGCAGAUACAAUUGUUUAUCGUGGUUUUGGUCCAUUAAUAGCUUGUUUAGGUUUUGUUGGUGGAACGCUUUCUUGUCUUGUUUUUCGUCGAAAAGCUUUAAGAAAAAAGUCGUGUUCGAUUUAUUUCUUAUUUUUGGCUUUAGCUGAUCUUUUAUGUAUGAUUUGUUGGCUUGUUCAUUUUGUUUUGCCAACUUAUAAUAUUCAUAUUCUUACACUAUCGAAUUUUCUCUGUAAAAUAUUUGUAUUUGCUAUGUAUUUUGCUUUCGAUUUGGCUAAUUAUAUAUUAACUGCAUGUUCAAUUGAUCGUGCUGUAAGUGUUUUAUUUCCUGUUAAAAGUCGUAAAUUUUGUCGUCGCCAAAUGGCUUAUGCAAUAACAUUAAUAUUAGUUAUAGUUGAUACAUUAAUAAAUAGUCAUUUAUUAUACGGUUUUGGAGUAACAUCAGUCAAUUCAACAUUAAAUGAACGUGUUCCAAUUUGUCAUCAUGGAUUCGAUUCUAAAACAUAUCAGAAAUUAUUUUCUGCAUACGAUUCUUAUGUUGAUGUUAUUAAAACAAAUGUUAUUCCAUUUGUAAUAAUGAGUAUUUGUAAUUUAAUAAUUAUAGUUCGUGUAUGUCGAUCAAAUUCGUCAAUUAGUUUAAAUAAAGGAAGAAAUAAUUGUCGAACAACAAGAUCAAAACGAAAAUAUGAAAAGGAUCGUCAAUUAACAUUAAUGUUACUUAGUUCGUCAUUUGCUUUUCUUGUUCUAACACUUCCAACUGAAAUAAAUGAUAUUAUUCGAUCAAAUUCCAACAAAAAAACUGUUACUUUAAAAACUUAUUUAUUAUCAGCUAUUCUUCUAUCAUUAGCACAUCUUAACUAUGCAGUCCAUUUUUACAUCUAUACAUUAACGGGUGAAGUAUUUCGUCAGCAAUUAAUUAAAUUAUGGCCAAUUAAUAUAAUAUGGCCAUUUAUGAUUCGACUUCUUCGAUGUAAAAAAAAGAAUUCUUCAUUAACAAUUGAAACAACAAAUAAUCGAACAAGACAACUUGAAAACAAUUUAAAUACUGAACUUGAUUUAUCAUUAAAUAUUUAA